AUGGGCAAGGUCGGGGUUCUCACAUCUAGAACAAAGUGGAUCAACGAGGAGAUUAACAUUACAGCAGGUGGCAUGAAAAUCACGGUUGGCGUUGUAGAAUACACUGAUGACUGGUCUCCGUGCACACCAUUACCAUUUGACAAAGAGGUGGAGAAAAAUUUGGAGGAAGGGGAAAUUCGAUCAAAAUUCAUGGAGGUGAAUCGCUCAUCUAAAGAUCACGUACCAAACGACAACUCUGAUAUCGUCGAUAUGGUAGUCGGCAUCUCUAAAGUGGCAGGCAAUGGUUCAAUGACUGCAUCUUCGAACAGGUCUCUGGUGGUGGUAGUGCUCUCAUCACGUGCCAUGGAAUUAAGUGUAGACGUUCCAUCUCCCCAAUGUAAAAAGUCUAUAGAGAUUCCCAAAAACUUGGAGACUGUGGACGUUGUCACAACUAGCAUUUUUAGCUAG